AUGGAGAGGAUAACUAUUUUCUGUAUGCUCUUCUUCUGUUCCAGUAUGGCACUGACUGCAGCUCCACACAAAAUAGUAAAAUACAGACAGCUUUUCAAGACAAUUGAACGGUUAGAAACCACAGUGAAAAAUACGGAUGUUGAAUUGCUGCAUACGCCAGAAAACCCUGUGGAGGGAUGCCUGUUCACAGCUGUGACCUGCUUCCAGAAGGGCAUACUGAAUUUACAACCAGAAAACAGCCAAGUAAAUUCUACAUUCACCCAAACCAUUAGAGUCUUGAAAAGAUUCACCAUCAGCACCCCUGUAAAGCAUUGUGAGUCUUCAUGUGAAUCUUACCAGAAAAAAAACCCCAAAGAGUUUUUGAAGAGCUUUGCAAAACUAAUCAAACAG